AGGAAUUUGCCUUGGUGUUUGUUGCAUAAAAUAUGUAGCUGUAUUCUUCUAUAUUCUUCCUGUAGUCCAUGAACAUCUCCAUUGUCUUGGAAGCGUUCCAGGUUGUUACAGCUACACCAAGUCACCAGGCGAACAAUCUCCAUCCUGUAGGCGGGCUCAUCUCCAUCAGAGAUGUUCCUGAUGAGGGUGGUGUCUCCUCAAACUUCAGCUUAACAGACUUGUGACUGGAGGUGCAGCUGUUGGUGUACAGGGGGAAGAGUAGAGGAGAAAGGACACAGCCUAGAGGGGAAGCUGUGCUGGUUGUACAUACUUAACAGUACACCAUUCAUAAUUGAACAACAUAAUACAGGGAAGUAACUACUGUGGACAAUGGGAAGCAAUAGAACAUGUAAUACUGCAUUGUCAGAAGUAUGACGUGGAAAGACAGAAUUUGACAACACAUCUCAGAAAAAUUAUACGAUACUCCAUUCCAGUUGGUGGCGGCAAUGCACCAGUUCGUAGCCAACUGUCAAACAACACAGAAGAAGAAAAACAUUCGAUUUCAGGGGCUUGUGCUGGUGGCGGGAAACUGUGUUGAAACUGGUUGGUGGAAACACACGCAGCUAAGCAGCAGACCGAAUAGCAAAGCGUUCCGGUCCACAUAUAAUGUCUCGUAUUCUGUGCGGUAUCGUGGCGGUGUGUCCUGAUCUGGGUAUCGGGAAGAAUGGAAACCUUCCCUGGUAUCCUGUUCGACUCAAUAAGGAAUUUGCACAUUUCCGAAAGAUGACUGCAACUCCAUCUGUGAAAGGAAAGCAGAAUGUAGUGAUCAUGGGCAGGAAGACAUGGUAUUCCAUCCCAGAGAAGAACAGACCUCUGAAUGACAGAAUCAACAUUGUCCUCAGCAGGAUGUGCAAAACGCCCCCUCCAGGAGCACACUACCUGGCUGAAGAUUUCAGCUCCGCUCUCAGGUUGGUUGACACAGAGCUGGCUGAGCAGGCUGACCAGGUCUGGGUUAUAGGAGGCAGCUCUGUCUACAAGGAGUUGAUGGAAAGCCCAGGAACCAAGAGACUGUUUGUCACACAAAUCCUGAAGCAGUUUGAGUGUGACACAUUCCUCCCUGAAAUCUGUCAGGACAAAUAUCAUCUGUUGCCAAAUUUUCCCGGAGUGCCGCAGGAGCUGCAGGAGGAGAAUGGUAUCCAGUACAGAUUUGAAGUCUAUGAGAGCAUUGAGAAGUGAAUAGCCAAAUAUUCACUUUUAAAAAUAAAAUCCUGAACUGCUAAACACAAACAAAGAGUUAAGAGACAGAAGUUAGCAAAGCAAAUUAUCUCAAUUGUUUUAUCCUAUUUUUGAUAUAAAGAUGGUGACAACUAGCGUUUAGUUUAAUUGUUAGAUAGAAUUAGUCCUUGUGCUGCGUCAUUAUUCUGACACUGUAAAACUGUUACCAAUAAAGUGAAUUCAGUGUGAAUUUUGAUUUCUUAAAGUUACUGUAAAAUGACAAAAAUAAAUACUUUCUGUAAUGUUGUGUAAUGCUGA